UCGCCGAUCCCUACUCCCUCUCCGCGGCCCUCCGCGCCUGCUCCGCCGCCUCCCUCCUCCGCCCCGGGCAGCAAGCCCAUGCCCUCGCCCUUACCUCCUCCCUCGCCAGCAACCCCCUCGUUGCCGCGCGCCUCGUCGACAUGUACUCCGCUUGCCACCGUCUCGCCGCCGCUGCCCUCGUCUUCGACUCUGCCCAGCCCUCGGCCUUAUCCAAUCGCGUCCUCUGGUCCACUCUUAUCGCGGGUCUCGUCCAGAACGGCGACGCCCGCAGCGCCAUGGAGCGGUUCCGCAGCAUGCGGGCGGGGGCCGUCGAGCCCAACCAUUUCACUCUUCCGACCGUCCUCUCCGCCUGCGCUUCCGAGAGAGCGAUUCGCUUCGGCCGCCAGGUUCACGGCUGUGCAGUCCGGGCCGGCUUCUGCUCCAAUCCCUUCGUCCAGAGCUCGCUUGUUAGCCUCUACUCCAACUGCGCCGACCUCGGCAGCGCCAAGCGGGUCCUCGAGUCAUCGGACUCGGGCGACCCGAUCUCGUGGAACGCCCUGAUCGUUAACUGUACGCGUGGCUCGUUGCACGCGGAUGCACUAUGCUUGUUCGCCGAAAUGCACCGCCGGGGCCUCGCGUUGGACGAGUUCACCUACCCCUCCGCCCUGAAUUCCGCCGCCUACAUGGGCGACUUGGGCACCGGCGGAUGCAUCCACUGCCUAGUCCUACUGAGCGGCUUCGAUUCCCAUAUGCACGUGGCGAACGCCUUGGUGGACAUGUACGGCAAGCUGGGGAGCCUCAACUGCGCCCAAGGAGUGUUCGACCGAAUGCCAAGGAGGGACGUUGUGACGUGGACCUCACUGCUCAUGGGCCUCGCCCGCCAGGGGUCGCACGACGUGGCCCUCCAACUUUACUCCGAUAUGCGCGCCCAUGGGGUCGAUCCGGACGAGUUCGCCACGGCAGGGGUGCUGAGUUCCUGCGCGGGUUCGACCGCUCUGGAGCUGGGCCGGCAGGUGCACGCCGCGAGCGCACGGCGCGGCGUCGACACGUUCCUCUCGGUUUCCAACUCGUUGAUCACCAUGUACGCCAGGAGCGGGUCCAUCAACGAUGCCUGCGCGGUGUUCGACGCCUCGCCCCGCCGCGAUGCCAUCACGUGGACCGCUCUGAUCGUGGGAUGCGCCCAGAAUGGGCGGGGCAGGGAUUCCCUCCGUCUCUACGACGAGAUGCUCGAGGCCGGGGUCCGGCCGGACUACGUGACCUUCAUCGGAUUGCUAUUCUCGUGCAGCCACGCCGGUCUGGUCGAGCCCGGUCGAGCUCAUUUCGAAUCGAUGAAGAAGGUCUACGGUAUAGCCCCCGGGCCGGAGCACUACGCGUGCAUGAUCGAUCUGCUGGGCCGGUCCGGGCGGGUGGAGGAGGCGGUCGAUCUGCUGGAGGGGAUGAGCGGCAAACCGGAUGCGACGGUGUGGAAGGCACUACUGGCGGCGUGUCGGGUGCACCGGAAUGCGGGGCUAGCGGAGCGAGCGGCGGAGCGGCUCUUCGAGCUGGCACCGGCGGACGCAGUGCCGUACGUGAUGCUUUCGAACGUGUACUCUGCGGCGGGGCGGUGGGGCGACGUGGCACGGGUCAGGUCUCUGAUGAGGGCUCGUGGGGUGAGCAAGGAGCCCGGGCGGAGCUGGAUGGAGCAGGACGGAGCCGUGCACGUGUUUCGGGCGGGGGAGCGGGAGCACGAGCGGGCUGCAGAGAUCUUCGCCAAGGUGGGGGAGAUGAUGCAGAGGAUAGAAGAGGAGGGGCACACAGCGGACACGGGGUUCGCCCUGCAUGACGAAGGGGAGGAGGAGAAGGCCGCUGGGCUAGCGCACCACAGUGAGAGGCUGGCCGUGGCCUGGGCUCUCAUCAGUGUCCCACGAGGGAAGCCCAUCCGGGUGUACAAGAACCUCCGGGUGUGCGGCGACUGCCACACGACCCUCAAGCUGGUCGCCAAGGUGUACGAGAGGACCAUCGUGCUGAGAGAUGCCAAUUGCUUCCACCAUAUGAGGGAAGGCUUCUGCUCUUGUGGCGACUAUUGGUGAUCGGUUUAUCCCUUCUUCACGACAAUAAGGAAGAACGUGGGAUCAUCCGUAGAUGGGCUUCAAUGCAUGGCACUGGUGUUUCUGCUGAAGCAUGACUGUUCUACUGGAGAUACCAUCAGUCCCGCGGAUCACUCCACCCAUAGUUUGCAAGUCCAAAAGGGCGGCGGAUCAGCAAAUGCAACUUUGACGAGGGACAUGAUAAGUGGAGUUAUUUGAAAGAUGCUCAAGAAAAAUCAGAUGUGAGCUUACCAAGAGAAACUGGUCAUUUUGCUGCAGCUUUAUCACCAGAUUAGCAAAGGUAAUUUCUCACUAAAUUGUAACUUUUCUCUUAUGUUACUAGCUAAUUCAACAUUGAAUAGAUCUGGAAUCACACAAUGUACCAAUUCUAGGUAUUAUAAUAGAUAUUUAGGGGAUAGUUAUAUGGAUGCUUAUUGACACUUUUUUUUAAUGUUAAAAAGCAUUCUUGGGUUUCAUUUUAAUCAUCUGAAUAUAAAUCUGAUGUUUCUAAUUUGUUGUCACUUUAGGGUUUGUUUUAUUCAGGUGAUAUGUGCACAAGCAAAUAAUUAUGAUUGGUCAUUAUAAGCUUAACAAGUAUAAUAUAUCCACAAAGCUUUUUUUUUAAGGGUAAGUGACAAAAGUGGGAUUCGAUUUCAGCGAUAUACUAUCAAUGUCUUUGCCAACUAAAUUAGUUGACACUUUCGUAUGUGCACAAAGUUAUUAUUGUUGUUAUGCUUUAUCAUUUUCCAACUAUGAAAUUUAUUCUCAAAUCAAUGACUAAUGUAGUAGUGUAUGUGAACAAUGUGAUUGAAGAGUAUGUAACUUAAAAGCUAUGAUUUAUGCCUUUUUCGUUGAAGAGUUUGUGAUGCAUUACUUGAUGUUGUCGUUAUUUAGAAUUUAAUCGAAGAUACUCUUCGGGUCGUAGGAAGUUCAGUUUAUGGUAAAAUUGAUGCAAAAAGGUUUCAUUGUGAAUUAAUAAACAGACAAACCCUUUUUUUUU